GUGUGUGUGUGUGUGUGUGUGUGUGUGUGUGUGUGUUUUGAAAGCUCUCUCAAUGUGUGCAGAGUAAGAUGCUGUCAGCAUGAUCCUUUCUGCUCCAAAUAAUCCGCCACAUUUGAGAUAACCCGCAGCUAGGCCUAAUGAUUUAACUCCUAUGUAAUUCGUAGUUAAACAUAUUUUACAAGUUGAUGAGCACUUGGAGCUUGGUGGUUUUUACUUUAUUGACUGAACUGGAAUUAUUGAAUAGGGGGAGGGCUAGUUACUGUGCGCAUGCUUGAGGAGAGGGGAAGAAAAAAACUCGGUUUGUUCAGUGGCGACAAGAAAAAAGGUGAGGCGCAAAACUAUACUAUAAGGAACCACACACAGUCCCACUGAGAGGACCCGCAACAGAGGAGGUGGAAAUAUCAACAAAAAUGUUUAUAUUUCAAAUUGCGACCAUGCUAUCCGCAGGGACGUGCGUCCUUGCCCAGGUAGGCAUACCCGAGUUCAGCGAUGUAUGCACGGAGGGGAGCUGCUACCCGGCUACCGGAGACCUUCUCAUUGGCAGAGCACACCAGCUCUCCUCCAACUCCACAUGUGGCCUCCACCGGCCCGAGCCGUUCUGUAUCGUCAGUCAUUUACAGGAUGAGAAGAAAUGCUUUUUGUGUGACUCCACCGACGUCUACGUCAAAAGCGUGGUGAACACCACCACCGGCCACCGGGUGGAGAACGUCGUGACCACAUUCGCCCCCAACCGCUUGAAAACCUGGUGGCAGUCAGAGAAUGGUCUUGAGAAAGUGACCAUCCAGCUGAACUUGGAGGCGGAGUUUCAUUUCACCCACCUCAUCAUGACCUUCAAGACCUUCCGGCCUGCUGCUAUGGUGAUCGAGCGCUCGGCUGACUUUGGGAAGAACUGGCAGGUGUACCGCUACUUUGCAUACGACUGCGCGGCGGCAUACCCUGCCAUAUCACCGGGGCCCAUGCAGAAAGUGGAUGACAUCAUCUGCGAUUCGCAUUACUCCGACAUAGAGCCGUCGACAGAGGGAGAGGUCAUCUUCCGAGUUUUGGAUCCAGCUUUCCGUAUUGAAGACCCCUACAGCCCCAGAAUCCAAAACAUGUUGAAGAUCACCAACCUGAGGGUGAAGUUCACCAAGCUGCACACCCUGGGAGACAACCUGCUGGACUCCCGCAUGGAGAUCAAGGAGAAGUACUACUACGCCAUCUACGACAUGGUGGUCCGGGGUAACUGCUUCUGCUACGGACACGCCUCCGAGUGCGCCCCCGUCGACGGGGCUGGGGCUGGGGAUGGAGUGGAGGGCAUGGUGCAUGGCCACUGUAUGUGCAACCACAACACCAUGGGGCUAAACUGUGAGAAGUGUCAGGACUUCUACCACGAGCUGCCCUGGAGACCAGCCAAGGGACGCAACACCAAUGCCUGUAAAAAGUGUAACUGUAACCAGCACUCAGGCUCGUGUCACUUCGACAUGGCAGUUUACGUCUCUACGGGUAAUGUGAGCGGCGGUGUGUGUGACGAGUGCCAGCACAACACCAUGGGUCACAACUGUGAACAGUGCAAGCCUUUCUACUACCAGCACCCAGAGAGGGACAUCCGCGACCCCAGCAUCUGUGAACCAUGUAACUGUGAUCCGGUGGGCUCACUGAACGGCGGGAUCUGUGACAGGAUGACUGAUGUGUCAUCUGGACUGAUCACUGGCCAGUGUCGCUGCAAACCCAAUGUGGAGGGAGAGCGCUGUGACCAGUGCCAGCAGGCCCACUAUGGCCUGGGUGACCAUCCUCUGGGCUGCCUGGCCUGCACCUGUAAUACCCUGGGGACAGUUCCUGGAGGGAGUCCGUGUCAUACAGACUCAGGAGAUUGUUUCUGCAAAAGCCUGGUCACAGGGAGAGACUGUGACCAGUGUAUGCCUCAGCACUGGGGGCUCAGCAAUGAUAUGGAUGGCUGCAGACCAUGUGACUGUGACCUGGGUGGAGCCCUCAAUAACGACUGUUCUCAGGAGACUGGCCAGUGUGCGUGUAGAGAACACAUGUUUGGCCGGCGCUGUGACCAGGUGGAGUCAGGCUUCUAUUUCAUUGCCCUGGACCACUACACCUACGAGGCCGAGGACGCCAAGUUUGGACCUGGUUUGACAGUAGUGCAGAGACCUCGCCCGCAGGACCGUAGCCCCACCUGGACAGGGAUAGGUUUUGUCAACGUUCCCGAGGGGGCCUACCUGGAGUUCUCCAUUGACAACAUCCCCCACUCCAUGGAGUACGACGUCCUCAUCCGCUAUGAGCCUCAGUUACCAGACCAGUGGGAGGAGGUGUUGAUGACAGUGAUGCGGCCCAGUUUGAUUUCAGCAGACAGUCGCUGUGCCAACACCAUGCCCGAUGACGACAACCAGAUGAUAUCCCUUCAUCCCGGUUCACGAUACAUGGUGCUCCCCAGACCAGUGUGUUUCGAGGCAGGGAUGAACUAUACUGUUCGUCUGAGCCUGCCCCUCUACUCUGCACUCAGUGACGUCCAGUCCCCAUAUACACUUAUCGACUCGAUUGUGCUGAUGCCCCACUGUAAGAACCUGGAGAUCUUCACUGGUUCUGUGGGAGGUGACGUGGCCACCAACAGUGCCUGGGACACGUUCCAGCGUUACCGCUGUCUGGAGAACAGCCAGAGCGUAGUGAAGACCCCGUCCACAGACAUCUGCCGUAACUUCAUCUUCAGCGUAUCUGCUCUGCUGCACCGGGGAGCUAAAGCAUGCCAGUGUGACCCGCAGGGCGCCCUCAGCACGGUGUGUGCCGCCAGCGGUGGGCAGUGCCAGUGUCGCCCCAACGUGGUAGGCAGGAACUGUGACAAGUGUGCCCCUGCCACCUUCCUGUUUGGACCCAGUGGCUGCAGACCCUGUGAUUGCAAUCCCCAGGGCUCGGAGGAUGCGUUCUGCCACGAGGCUACAGGCCAGUGUGUGUGUAUCCCCGGGGCAUACAGCCGUCAGUGUGACCGCUGUCUGCCGGGUCACUGGGGCUUCCCCAACUGUCGCCUCUGCACCUGCAACGGUCACACAGAGCAGUGCGACCCCUACUCCGGAAAAUGCCUGGGCUGCCGAGAACAGACCACUGGACACAACUGCGAGAGAUGUCUGGAUGGUUACUACGGCGACCCCGUCCUGGGUUCAGGGGACCAUUGUCGGCUCUGUAUGUGUCCGGAUGGGCCUGGAAGCGGGCGACAGUUUGCCGGUGAAUGUUACCGCGGUCUGGACUCCCCUUACCAGGUGUUCUGUGUCUGCAGCCCCGGGUACAGAGGUGCCAGAUGUGAGGAGUGUGCCCCAGGUUACUAUGGAAACCCCCAUGAGAACGGUGGGCAGUGCCAACCCUGCCAGUGCAACAACAACAUUGACAUGCUGGAUCAGGAGUCCUGUAAUGUCAGAACGGGUGAAUGUCUCAAAUGUCUCUAUCACACCGAGGGUCAGCGCUGCCACGGCUGCAAGCUGGGUUACUAUGGAGAUGCCCUCACACAAAACUGCAGAAAGUGUGUUUGUAACCACCUGGGCACCAAUCCAGCCACGUGCCCGGUGGUGGGUGACUGCCACUGUGAUCUGGGCAGCGGGCAGUGCCAGUGUCUACCGAAUGUGGUGGGUCAGCACUGUGACCAGUGUGCCCCCGACACCUGGAACAUGGCCAGCGAGACGGGCUGCGACGCCUGCGACUGUGACCCCAACCACUCGUUUGGGACUUCCUGCAAUGAGCUGAGUGGCCAAUGCUCCUGUAAGCCUGGCUUUGGGGGUAAAACGUGUCGGGAGUGCAGAGAGCUGUUCUGGGGAGAACCUGAAGUGAAAUGCAACGCAUGUGACUGUGACCCGCGAGGCAUCGCCGAGCAGCAGUGCCACAAGGCCAACGGUCACUGCGUGUGCGUGGAGGGCGUGUCUGGUCCCCGCUGUGACAUCUGCACCCGUGGCUACUCUGGCACCUUCCCCUACUGCGAACGCUGCCACCAGUGCUUCGCCGACUGGGACCUGGUCGUGGGUCAGCUGACCAAUCAGACCCACAGGCUGGUCAACAAGGUGAACACCAUCAAGGCCAGCGGCAUCACCAGACCCUAUAAACACACCAUAGAUAACAUGGAGCAGAGCGCCGGGGCCAUAAGAACUAUCCUGGCCCAGAACCCGGCUACACAGCCACUGUCAGAGAUACAGCAGCUACUGGAGCAGGCCACAGAUCUAAUGGAAAAGAUGAGCAACAAGCUGAACCUCACUGAGGAGGCGCUGGCCCAGGUAUCAUCUGAUGACAACAGCACCAACACCAAACUGGACUCACUCAAAGAGGACACCCAGAAGCUGGAUCGCACCGUCAAGGAUCUGCUGGACCAAGUGGAGUUCAUCAAGAACACUGACAUUCGGGGAGCGACAGACAGUGUCACCAAGUACUACCAGCAGUCUCUGGCUGCAGAUGCUCGCGCCAACGCCUCCACUAGUGGCCCAGGUAACCCUGUGGAGAGCUCUGCCAUUUUACGGCAAGCCACAGAGGACAAGAUGAACGACACCAGGGAGGAGUUCCACAGGAGGCAGGAAGAACACGCCAAGAGACUGGAUGACCUGGCAGGACAACUGGAGACACUGGACCUAUCAGAACUCAACGUGAAGACGUGUGGCAGCCCAGCUGAUGCGUCGUGUGUGGACUCUCCGUGCGGGGGGUUGAGCUGUGUGGACUUCGAGGGGAACAGGAGGUGCGGUGGCGAAGGGUGCGGCGGUCUGGUCACCCUGGCCAAUAACGCCUGGCAGAAGGCCAAGGACUUUGACCAGGAGAUCCUCACGGCCAUGGAGGAAGUGGACAAGCUCGCCAAAAUGGUGUCGGAGGCCAAGGUGAAGGCGGAUGAGGCUAAGCUGAGUGCCCAGAACGUGCUGCUGAAGACCAACGGUACCAAGCAGCGUGUGGACCAGAGCAACGAGGAGCUGCGCAGCCUCAUCCGACAAAUCAGAGACUUCCUCACACAGGAUGCAGCGGACCUGGAGAGCAUUGAGGCAGUGGCCAACGAGGUGCUGGCCAUGCAGAUGCCCACCACACCAGCCCAGCUCCAAACCCUGACAGACGAGAUCAGGGAGAGAGUAGGAGACCUAGCCCACGUGGAGACCAUCCUUAACCAGAGCUCCGACGACAUCCAGAGAGCCGAGAACCUACUGGAGCAGGCACGCAGAGUCAGUAAAGAGGCGACAAACGUGAGGGACACAGCAGAGAUGGUGAAGCAGGUUCUAGAGGAGGCUGAGCGUGCCCAGAGCGCAGCGGCCAAGGCCAUCAAACAGGCCACCACUGACAUCAAAGGCACCAAUGACCUCCUGACCUCAGUGGAGUCGGAGACAGUGGACUCGGAGUACAAGCUGAACAACGCCACCCAGAGGUUGCUGCGGUUAGAGCGCGACGUCACGCUGCUCAGAGAGAAGACACUGAACACCUCACUCAGCUCUGAACAAACUGAAAAAGACGCAGAGAGCAUCAACAAAGUGGCUGAGCAGGUCAAAAAGGAUCUGGACUCGGAGCUGAAGGAUAAGUACAGCACCGUGGAGGACCUGAUCACACAGAAGGCCGGGGGUGUGGCCAACGCCAAGAAGAGGGCGGAGCUUCUACAGCAGGAAGCCAAAGACCUGCUGCUACAGGCCAGCGACAAGCUGCAGCUGCUGAAAGAUUUAGAGAAGUCGUAUGAGGACAACCAGAAGACUUUGGAAGACAAGGCCAACCAGUUGGUGGAUCUGGAGAAGUCCAUCAAAGAGCUUCUGCAGGAGAUCAGUCACAAAGUCACUGUCUACAGCACCUGUCUGUUUUAAACACAACCUCCAGUCCGGGGUUUUGGUCCCCCAAGCCAAAAUUAAUGGCAUUCAAGGAUAUGGGAAUUUGAAACCAGAAGCUAUUUAAAGACAUGCUCCUGAACUUUAGCGACUACUUAGUAUUUUUUAAACCUCCCGCUUUGGGCUGGAUGUGUCAAUGUGUAGUUCAUACGUGCAUAAUCUAUGAGCAGAAUUACUGUCUUACCUAAACUAGCCACAAAAUCCCUAGUUUGAAAGCUGUGCGGCACCAUUUUCCCAAAAUGUUCUCCCACUUGGGCCAGCCCCCUAGUCAUUUGAGUUCAACCAAUGAGCUUCAGCCCCUUGCCAUAUGAUUGACAGCUCUUUUGUUUUAUUUUGUUUUUUAUUUUAGGGGGUAUGAUUGACAGCUAGCAAGAUGCACAUGUUGCACCCACAACAGAGCAGAGAG